AUCCGUCGUACCUGUACAUCUCUAUCACGUUGCAAAAUAACACCACGAUGUAUGAGAAGUAUGAAUACUUCAGUGUUUCUCCAGUGCAGUUCCAAGCCAUUUUGUCUGGACAAGUUACUGGAACAUUAGGUGACAGCUUUUAUAACACCACCAAACCAGAGGAAACCAGUGUCCAUUUGAUGCCGUUUACCACAUAUGAUCAAGAUAACGACCCCUCCCCGGGAAACUGUGCCGUGGCAUACGGAGGAGGGUGGUGGUACAGAAAUUGUUACCACGCCUUCCUAAACGGACCCUGGUCCUCGACCCAGUGGUCAAACCCAUGGGGUGGUGCAGUUCCUAGUGGAUCCGAUGUUAAGGAAACCAUCAUGAUGAUCAAACGACGAUAAGCAUGGAACUACUCGUACCUUGAAGAUAUCUAUCAAUUAGUUUUUUGUUUGUUUGACAAUAUUCAAUUAUCUUACGGGCUCUGUUAAUACUGUACUCCUUAGGUAGCUUAAUCUCGUUUUGAUGCAAGAUACGACAGACGUAUAUUGCUUGUCAUAUUUUAAAAACUUACGAGAUAAAAUUUGAGAAGAAAAUUGAGGUUCAAU